GAGGGGGUGUGCACAACCUGUGUCAGUUUCCGAGUCUCCACCGCUUUCUCUCAUUGUGGUUUGCGACCUGAGCCGUCUCCCACCAAGGCUUUUCCCUCCCCUGCGGGCGGAGAUACUGCCGCCUGAGUUUCCCCACCCUGCUCUGCGGUGCCCCAGAUCUUCCCCAACUUCGGGGUUCUUCCUGCAUUUCCUCGGUGGUGCUUUGAUCCGGGAGACUUUCUGUUUGUUUUCUCCUCUUUCCUCUCUUGCUCCAAAACCGGCCUCGCAGAAGCCCCUCACCUCGAAGGGCGUUCCACUUCGCGAGAAAAGCGGCUGCCGCGGAGUGCACCGGCCCCUCCUGCGGACCAGCGAGCCGGUGCGCCCACCUGCCUGCCUCUUCCGCCGCCUGCGUUCGUUCGCCCUAGGAAGCCAGCCGCGAGUUCAUUGAUGCACCCAUUCCAGUGGUGUAACGGGUGUUUCUGCGGCUUGGGACUGGUUAGUACUAACAAGUCCUGCUCAAUGCCACCCAUCAGUUUCCAAGACCUUCCUCUCAACAUCUACAUGGUCAUCUUUGGCACAGGCAUCUUUGUCUUCAUGCUCAGCCUCAUCUUCUGCUGUUAUUUCAUCAGCAAACUGCGGAACCAGGCACAGAGUGAACGAUAUGGAUAUAAGGAGGUGGUGCUUAAAGGUGAUGCCAAGAAGUUACAAUUAUAUGGGACCUGUGCAGUCUGUCUGGAAGACUUCAAGGGGAAGGAUGAGUUAGGUGUGCUCCCGUGCCAACAUGCUUUUCAUCGGAAGUGUCUGGUGAAGUGGCUGGAAGUGCGCUGUGUCUGCCCUAUGUGUAACAAGCCCAUCGCUGGUCCCUCAGAGGCCACGCAGAGCAUCGGGAUCCUGUUGGAUGAGCUGGUGUGAGUGCUGCCUUUAUGUCAAGGCCUGGAGAAGACCUCUUGCCUCAUGGAUGCCUGGUCCCUCUGCGUAGCUUCAUUGAACAAGACUGUUGGGUGGUUAUGGUUGUGCUUCCCUGAAGAGCAGGGCUGGUCUCCCGCCAGCAGGGGGAGACCAGAUUUGCCCCGCACUCCUGCCUCCCGAAGUCUUACUUCCCUGCUACUCAGUACUGAAAGCAUCGCCCAUCGAGACCAGUGUAUCCUGUUACUGGAUGAUUUACCUGCCUUGUCUCUGCUCUGGGGAAAGAAAUCCACCCCUGUCUGGCCAAUAGUGUGGGAGCACACAGAGAGAUAGAGGCUGUGUGCCCCACAAAGCCCUAGAAGAAGGGAUGAGGUGGUUUCUGUCUUCCCUGCCUCCCCACUCCUUCCAUAGGAAGGUUAAAAGGGAAGGAAGGAAGAAAAGAUCAAGCAAACAAGUGCCUCCAGUGGAAGUAAGGAGGCUCUGUAGGAAAUUAGGAAGAGCAGGGACAUGUAAAACUAAGUCAAUGUUUACAUGGGACCUAUGGAAACAAAGGCUGGCUGGCCGGCCUGCUGGCUACAGGGUAAUGGAGGGCCAGUCCCCUCCCCCUGCUAGGAUCUGAGGUGCUAUCCAUUCACUCUCUCCCUUUGUCAAUCUCAGAGCUUCCUAUUCCUUGUUGGCGUCUGGGUGCCCCUGCCAGAGGAAGGGCUUGUUCUACACUCAAAUGGAUUUCCAGGGGCUUUUUCUAAAGGAGCAAAAGGGGCCUGGGGAUGGGGGUGUCUGGAGGUUGAGUUAGCAACAGACACCUUCUUCCCCUUUGUAAAUAGUAUUUUUAUACUUCAUCCCCGCCAUCUCGGGAUUUAUAUAGGGAAUGGAGGGGGUGGGGGUUUCCGUUCCUCCCCAGAGUGGGUGAGGGUGGGAGACGGUAUGUAUUUAAAGAAAAUUAAAUUUAAUAACA